GGGCGAGUCCGGCGGCAGCGGCCUCCGGGGCUGGGGUCCGUCUCGGCGGCAGCGGCGGAAGUCUCGCGAGGGAGCGCGGCCGGGAUUUGGCGGUGCUGCCUCCCUCCCUCCUCCCUCCCUCCUCCCUGCCUGUCGCUGGCUGCGAGGCGCUGGUGUUUGUGUGGAAGGGGGAGGAGGAGGAGAAGGAGGGCAGGCGAAAGGAGCUCGAGCCCCACCAUCCGCCGAGGGGAGCGGACCGGAGCCCCCUCGCCGCCCGCGGAGCUCUGUUUGCCUCCCCUCGCCCCGCCAUGGCCUCGGGAGACACCCUGUACAUCGCCACGGACGGCUCAGAGAUGCCGGCCGAGAUCGUGGAGCUGCACGAGAUCGAGGUGGAGACCAUCCCGGUGGAGACCAUCGAGACCACCGUGGUGGGCGGCGAGGAGGACGAGGAGGAGGAGGAGGAGGAUGAGUGCUGCGAGGAGUGCGGCCCGCACCACCCGCCCCAUCACUACCACCACCACCAGCCCAUGAUCGCGCUGCAGCCGCUGGUGUCGGACGGGGACCCCAGCGGGGCGGGCGGCGGCGCGGCCGGCGGCGGCGGGGGGCAGCUCCACCUGCACCACCACCACCAGGAGGUGAUCCUGGUGCAGACCCGCGAGGAGGUGGUGGGGGGAGACGACUCGGACGGACUGCGGGCCGACGACGGGUUCGAGGACCAGAUCCUCAUCCCCGUGCCGGCCCCCGCCGGGGAGGACGAGUACAUCGAGCAGACCCUGGUCACUGUGGCCGCCGCUGGCAGCAAGAGCGGAGGCGGCGGCUCCUCCUCGGCCGGCGGAGGAGGCCGCGUUAAGAAGGGCGGCAGCGGCAAGAAGAGCAGCAAGAAGAGUUACCUGAGCGGGGGAGGCGGCGGCGGGGCCGAGGGCGGCGGCGGCAGGAAAUGGGAGCAGAAGCAGGUGCAGAUCAAGACCCUGGAGGGGGAGUUCUCGGUCACCAUGUGGGCCUCGGAUGAUAAAAAGGAUAUUGACCAUGAAACGGUGGUGGAAGAGCAGAUCAUUGGAGAGAAUUCUCCUCCAGAUUACUCAGAAUACAUGACAGGGAAGAAACUUCCUCCUGGUGGAAUACCUGGCAUUGACCUCUCAGACCCCAAGCAACUGGCUGAAUUUGCUAGAAUGAAACCAAGAAAAAUUAAAGAAGAUGAUGCUCCACGAACGAUAGCUUGUCCUCACAAAGGCUGCACAAAGAUGUUCAGGGACAACUCUGCCAUGAGGAAGCAUCUGCACACUCACGGCCCUCGAGUACACGUAUGUGCAGAAUGUGGCAAGGCCUUUGUGGAGAGCUCGAAACUAAAGCGGCAUCAGCUAGUUCACACCGGAGAGAAACCCUUUCAGUGUACGUUUGAAGGAUGUGGAAAGCGUUUUUCACUGGACUUCAAUUUACGCACACACGUGCGAAUUCACACUGGCGACAGGCCCUACGUUUGCCCGUUUGACGGCUGCAAUAAGAAGUUUGCGCAAUCAACCAACCUGAAAUCUCACAUCUUAACACACGCUAAGGCCAAAAACAACCAGUGAAAGUUGAGGAGAACGUUCUCGAACUCAAAGCAUCUUACAGGAAAAUCAAUUGGAAAGAAAUACGCUCCCCUUUGUAUAUUGUUUCUAGGAAAGAAUUUUAAAAAAAAAGGACCCUACAAAACUAAAGGACGUGUUUUGAUAAGUAGUAAAUAAAAAGCAAAAAAAAACCACACAGAAAACUUGAAGGUGACAUUGCUAAGAUGAUCCACCUUGGUCUGUAGCUGCGUUUCAAGAACACGGUGUUUUGUAAAGUGUGGCCCCAACCGGACGGGUCAGCUCACGAACUUGCAUCAGAAAAGACAAUUCUUUAUACAACAGUGCUAAAAUUGGACUUCUUUUCACAUUCUUAUAAAUAUGAAGCUCACCUGUUGCUUACAAUUUUUUUUAAUUUUGUAUUUUCCAAGUGUGCAUAUUGUACACUUUUUGGGGAUAUGCGUAGUAAUGCUAUGUGUGAUUUUCUGGAGGUUGAUAACUUGCUUGCGGUAGAUUUUCUUUAAAAGAAUGGGCAGUUACAUGCAUACUUCAAAAGUAUUUUCCUGUAAAGAAAGAAAAGUUAUAUAGGUUUUGUUUGCUAUCUUAAUUUUGGUUGUAUUCUUUGAUGUUAACACAUUUUGUAUAAUUGUAUCGUAUAGCUGUAAUGAAAUCAUGUAGUAUCAAAUAUUAGAUGUGAUUUAAUAGUGUUAAUCAAUUUAAACCCAUUUUAGUCACUUUUUUUGGAGAAAUACUGCCAGAUGCUGAUGUUCAGUGUAAUUUCUUUGCCUGUUCAGUUACGGAAAGUGGUGCUCAGUUGUAGAAUGUAUUGUACAGGCACUGACCGUUUAUUAACACCUGAUAAUAUGUACAUCCCCCAUGUAAUAGAAAGGACAACAAUAAAACAGUGGUCCUAAAGAAAGAAUCUGGCAGAAAAUGAUCUGUAAGCGCAGUCAACUUUCUUUUGUUGUCCAGAGCAGUUCUAGUUCCUCUUGACCUCCCAGAAAUUGGAAGCUAAAUAAACUCAAGUUUCCUUUACUUUGCAUUCAAUUACAGUGAUUUGUGAUGCAGUUAAUACCACAUCAGGUGGUAUAUCUAAACAGAAUUGCUGACUGUAAUUCUGGUUUUGAGUGACCUAGACUUCCAUUAACUGGAAUGAUGGAUUUGGAGACUUGGCAGUGUAGUGGGGAGUGUUCUGUGUGCCUGGACAGCAACUAGGUAAAACAGUACAGGAAAUAACUAAAUGGAAACCUUUUUUUAGUCAAGGUAAGGAAUGUUGGCAGUUUAAAUGCAGUAACAAUAGAAAGUGGAGGAAUGCUAGGGUUUGGGUGAUCAUACCAGGAAAAAAAAGAAACUGUUUCUUCUUUUGGCUAACUUGCUAGAGUGUAAUGAUAAAAAUUCUUGGAACCUUAUUGGACACCUUUUGUUUCACAACAAGAACUUCAAGUUCUAAGAGAACUAGAUGGAGUUGAGUUUUGAUGGUCUAACUAAGAGUGGUUACUUCUCAUUUGUUCAAGUGUUCAAAGAAAACUUAGCAGAUACUAUAGUAAAAUGUGACAGAUUAAUAAACAGAAGAAAAUGCAGAGAAAUGCAUAAGUUAUUUUUUAGAGGCAUGUAACAUAUUUUAAUGCAGUAAAAAGUGUUGUUAAUCUUUUUCUGAAUUCUGUUCUUAAAAGGUUCAUCAACGUUUUCAUUGCUAAUACUGUAAAACUUAAAAUUUUGAGUCCAGUGUUGGUGGUAGUGGCAAAAACAUGGGUAAUAAAGAAACUGCACUUAAGACCAAGGGAAUUUUCAUCCAUACAUAAGUUAAUCUGAACACUGCAACUCUAGUCUGAGGUUAUUAGGAGUAGAAAGAAAGUUGGGACAUUUAAUUGUAAAGUAUGCGUUAGAAUUUUGGCAGUAUUUUUUCUUUUAUAUAUAAGCAGUUUUUGAACAGGACAAUAUACUGAAACUUGUAUAGUUAUAGUUAAAUUAAAUUCUGUAUACAGUUAAAUUAGUGUCUAUUCUUUUUGGAAGGAAAUAAAAUUAAUUCAGUCUA